CUGCACAGGGAGGGGCACGCCCAUUUCCCGUGUGCUCUGGUGCAAGCCUUUUCGUUUCGCAGGGCUUCUUCCUCGUGAAAGUCUCUGCUCCUGCGCUCCCAGGGCCGCAGAACUGAAGCACGGAGAGAGAGGGCGAGAUGAGGGAGAUCAUUAGCAUCCAUAUCGGGCAGGCGGGCAUCCAGGUGGGGAAUUCUUGCUGGGAGCUCUACUGCCUGGAGCAUGGUAUCCAGCCUGAUGGCCUCAUGCCCAGUGACACCUCUGUUGGGGUCGCGAGGGAUGCAUUCAACACGUUCUUCAGUGAAACAAGCGCAGGGAAGCAUGUUCCGAGAGCCUUGUUCGUUGACUUGGAGCCCACCGUCAUCGACGAGGUGAAGACCGGGACGUACCGCCAGCUCUUCCAUCCAGAGCAGCUCAUCUCCCACAAGGAAGACGCUGCGAACAACUUUGCCCGCGGACAUUACACAGUUGGAAGGGAAGUAGUGGAUCUUUGCCUUGAUCGAAUAAGAAAAUUGGCAGAUAACUGCACUGGUCUUCAAGGUUUUCUAGUUUUCAAUGCUGUUGGUGGUGGAACUGGCUCUGGACUUGGUUCAUUACUUUUAGAGCGUCUAUCAGUUGAUUAUGGUAGGAAGUCGAAGCUUGGUUUCACGAUUUAUCCUUCACCGCAGAUUUCAACAGCUGUUGUCGAGCCAUAUAACAGCGUGCUCUCCACACAUUCCCUGAUUGAACACACAGAUGUCGUUGUGCUUCUUGACAAUGAAGCUAUCUAUGACAUAUGCAAGAGGUCCCUCGACAUUGAGCGUCCAACAUACACCAACCUGAACAGGCUUAUAUCUCAAGUUAUAUCAUCUCUGACCACCUCGUUGAGGUUUGACGGAGCUAUUAAUGUUGACAUAACUGAGUUCCAGACCAACCUUGUGCCUUACCCUCGGAUACACUUUAUGCUCUCUUCAUAUGCUCCGAUUAUCUCAGUUGAGAAGGCCUACCAUGAACAGCACUCUGUUCCUGAGAUCACAAAUUCUGUGUUUGAGCCAUCAAGUGUGAUGGCAAAAUGUGACCCCAGGCAUGGUAAGUACAUGGCAUGCUGUUUGAUGUACCGUGGCGACGUCGUGCCAAAGGAUGUGAAUGCUGCUGUCCAUUCAAUCAAGACCAAGAGAGCAGUGCAGUUUGUCGAUUGGUGUCCUACUGGCUUCAAGUGCGGGAUAAACUACCAACCACCAACUGUAGUCCCAGGAGGGGACCUGGCCAAGGUGCAACGAGCAGUCUGCAUGAUCAGCAACAACACAGCCGUGGCUGAGGUCUUCUCCCGUAUUGACCGCAAGUUUGAUCUCAUGUAUGCAAAGCGUGCAUUUGUUCAUUGGUAUGUCGGUGAAGGGAUGGAAGAAGGUGAGUUCUCAGAGGCAAGGGAGGAUCUUGCAGCACUGGAGAAGGAUUAUGAGGAAGUUGGAGCUGAAGUUGAAGACGAUGAGGACGAAGCUGAAUAUUGAGUCAUCUCAUCUGGAAGCAUGCUUAUUUUCCUUAGGUAUCAGUCAACUAAGACUAAGGGGGCGUUUGGGAGGAGGGGGCUAAAUUUUAGCCCCCGUCACAUC